AUGUUAUUCACAAGACUUGGUAAGACAAAAUUAUAUGGUGAUAAUAUCAUAUCUUUUAAAUACCAGAUAAUCAAUCGCUUAUAUACUGCCAGAAAACCAAUUAAACCCUCAAAAUUACAUGCACCGAUUUAUUAUGAAACAAUUCUUGAUGAUGGAAGUAAGUUCGUAUCACGAGUUCCUCUCGCUAAACCAACGAUUGCAAUGGAUAAAUUACCACCGCCACUUAAACCACCAAAACAAAAUAAUCAUCGCAAGCUUACUGAAGAUGAGAUAAAUGAAAUGAGGGAAUUAAGGCUUUCAAAUCCUGAAAAGUGGACAUGUAAUGAAUUGGCAAAAAAGUUUCAAUGUAGUCCAUUAUUUGUUGGACAGGCUGCUCCUUUAUCAAAAGAUAGAAGGGAAAUACUUGAAGCUAGGAAAGUAGCACAAUUUAAUAAGAUGGGAUGGAAAAAGAGAUUUAUCAGAAGUGAAAGGGCCAGAAGAAGAGCCAAUUGGUGA